CAUUAUAGCUCCACGAGGGGAUCGAUUGACGAAGCACACACGGGAGUACAAACGCGGGCCAUCGCUGAACGUAUCACAGAGGAGCGCAAUUAAAACGGUUCAAGCACUCGUUGGCGGUUUAUAUCCCGUUGCCAACCAGCCAGUCAGCAAGGGCUAGUGGAAAAUUUGGUUCUUCGAAGUGGGCGAAGGAAAGUGAUAGAAGCAGAGAGGUGUAGUAAGAACGGCAUGCGGACGAUCAGGGACAGCAGCAGUGCCUUCACCACAAACACACCACUCGGCCGCGAGCGAUAGAAGGCUCGCCGUUGAUGGAAUUUGGAGUGCCUAACAUCAUCUGUAAUCCGUGCGCGAGUUCGCUACCACCACCUACCACCGAAAGGAACAUUCACAACUGCUGGUGCUAGCGUAGGCUACCUCAUCGCAUAAAGCACCCGGGUGCGGGCAUCGCGCGGUCAUCAUAGGGCCUCGGGUAGUCCGUAGCUCGCCCGUCUGUGGUCUCCGACGGGGCCCAGGACUUUGCCAUGCCAGUGCACUGUGAUUAGUAAUCCGCUUGUUCCUGUUGUGUGUGCGUGCGUGCGGUUGUGUUGUUCCGAGUCCGGGGACUCUCUCCUUACUGCCGUUCGUGUGUGCUCCCUCGAUAUCGUCCUGCCCUCGUGUCCGUUUUCUGUGUUCGCGAAAGUGUGUUCGGUGUGGAUGUGUGCCGUGUUUGGAUAUCGUCGUCGUCGUCAUUGUUGUCCACUUCGUACCGCACCAUAUUCCUGCUGCCUUGAUGAGCUGGUAGAUGGAUUGAUCCAAAGACCCUGAAACCCCCCCCCCCCCCCCCCCCCGACGUUUAGCCAUCAUUGGGCCUGCCGUUCCAUCCAUCAACGCAAAAGCGACUGAUCAACCGGGUGCAUAGCAUAAAGCACUGCCUCUCAUAAGAACUCCCUCAUUCUCCACACCAUCUCCCUGUAAAACACACGCAACAAAAGCGGCCAAACGAUGCUACCGACAUAUCAGCGCGUUGGUGGCACCAGUUCAUCGACCACCAACCAGCUGCUGGGCCGGCGUUCGUUUCGCUCGCGCGAAAAAUGCCUCAUCCUGCUGGUGCUGUCGACGUUCGGCUUCGUCUGUCUCGGAGGCUUCUUCUUCCUACCCGACAACUUUAGUGCCGACCGGGUGCUGAAGGCAUACAAGCAGUUCCAACGGGCCGGGCCAGAGAUUUUCAUACCGCCACCACCGCCGGCCGCCCACGGCCACGACGAGGACAUCCACCGAUUGGAUGAUCGAGAGAAGCUCCAUGAGAAGAUUCGCAAGGAGCUGCCGGAUGAGUUUCUCGAGAAACCUGACGUUAAUGUUGGUGGUGUUGAUAGGGCCGCCGCCGAUGAGCAGCCAGGUGCGGUAAUCGUGCCAAUUGCUCAUCCGCAUAACGAUGGAACACCAGGAGGAGGAGGAGGUGGUGCAGGAAGGGAGCCAUUGGAUGGACUAGCCAUUGAGGGUCCGGCCGGCGUGGUGCAGCCACCGCACAGUGCAGACGAGGAGCAGAAGGAUGAAGGAGAGCAUGAAGAAACGGGUCCGGUCGGUGGACUAACAGGCCUGGACCAACAAGCACAGCAACCGGCCCGAUCCGACCACCAGUCGGUCAGCCAGCGUGGCGAUAACCAGCACCAUCGGCAGCAGCAGCAUUCGCUCACCUACAAUUCCACCGUCGGUGAAGAUGCCGAUGCAAUCGUCCGCGAGAAGCGCAACAAGGUAAAAGAGAUGAUGGUGCAUGCCUGGAGCAACUACAAGCUGUACGCAUGGGGUAAGAACGAGUUGCGGCCGCUGUCGAAACGCGGUCACAGCAACAGCAUCUUCGGCUCGUACGACCUGGGCGCCACGAUCGUGGACGGGCUAGACACACUCUACCUGAUGGGGCUGCAUCGGGAGUUCGACGAGGCGCGAGACUGGGUCGAGCGAAAGUUCACGCUCGAGAAUGUCGACGCUGAUUUGUCGGUGUUUGAGACGAACAUCCGGUUUAUCGGGGGCUUCUUAACCUGCUACGCCCUCACCGGUGACCGGCUGUUUCUCGAGAAGGCCCGGUACGUCGCAGACAAGCUACUACCCGCCUUCCAAACGCCCACCGGCAUCCCGUACGCGCUGAUCAACGUUCGUAACGGGAUGAGCAAAAACUAUGGCUGGGCCAGCGGCGGCAGCAGUAUCCUAUCGGAGUUCGGCACACUGCACUUGGAGUUUGCCUACCUCAGCGACAUCACCGGCGACGCGGUGUACCGGGAUCGGGUGCAGACGAUCCGUACGGUGUUAAAGGACAUCGAGAAGCCGAAGGGCUUGUAUCCGAACUAUCUAAACCCGAAGACGGGCAAGUGGGGCCAGCAACACAUGUCCCUCGGUGCGCUCGGUGAUAGCUUCUACGAGUACUUGUUGAAGGCGUGGAUCCAAUCCGGCCACGAGGAUGAGGAGGCGCGCGAAAUGUACGACGAGGCUAUGCAGGCCAUCAUCCAGCAUAUGAUCCGCAGUUCGCCGAGCGGGCUCAUGUACGUGUCCGACAUGAAGUUCGAGCGACUAGAACACAAGAUGGACCAUUUGGCGUGCUUUGCUGGUGGUCUGUUCGGGUUGGGUGGCACCUCGCUCAACAACCAGUACUCGGAGCGAUAUAUGGAGAUUGGCGAGGGACUGACCAAUACCUGUCACGAGAGCUACAUACGCACCUACACCCGGCUCGGGCCAGAAUCGUUCCGCUUCAACGAUGGCGUAGAGGCGAAGGCUCUGAAAGCCCAGGAGAAGUAUUAUAUACUGCGGCCGGAAACGUUCGAGAGCUACUUCAUCAUGUGGCGACUGACGCACGAUCAGAAGUACCGUGACUGGGGUUGGGAUGCGAUCCAGGCUCUCGAGAAGCACUGUCGCACACCGACCGGCUACACGGGUCUCAAGAACGUCUAUCUCACCGAGCCAGUGAAGGACGAUGUGCAGCAGAGUUUCUUCCUCGCAGAAACGCUCAAGUACCUUUACCUGCUAUUCUCCGACGAUUCGCUGCUACCGCUCGACGAUUGGGUGUUCAACACGGAAGCCCAUCCGCUGCCAGUAAAGGACCGCAAUCCAUUGUAUCGGCAGGCGCCGGCAUCGAAUGCACCGUAAGCUGGUACACCCGUAGCAGCCACACCAUUCACUACUGCUAUACCGAUGGCUACUGGUAUCGGUGGCGCCUGCGACUACUGUAAAUCGAUCGACCAGUGGCCCUUACGGACGUACGAAGGCGCACCCCACUAGGAAUUUACGAAGGAUUGCAGUCUUUGUUACUUUUCGGACAAUCCUUGCGCGGCGAAUUCUUCGCAUUUUCACAAUCUAUUAGGUUUAGGUUAUCAUCCCUCUUCUUUCUUUGGAUUGUAUGCAUGACUAGCAGAAAUGGAAUGGAACGAUCUUCAAUUCUGGGACCCGAUAUUCCUGUAGCUCACAGCAGAUUAUACGUUCCGUUGCCUGGCCAGCCAGAGACCAGUCGGUUUUUGGGACGAUGUUUGAAAUGAGGUUUCGUUUGCGUAUUUAUUUGCCUCUUAUUUGGAAGAUCAUGCCCGCUUAAAGUAUGAGAGCAACGAGACACAUGAAUCGGCGAUUAGAUGGUGUAAGCAAUGAUGUAGCCUUCGCCCAACCACCUUCAAAAGUGUAACAAAUGCAGGAGACACGUAUAAGGAGAACGGCGGGAGAGGUGGAGGUUGGACUUGGAGUUAAAGCGGUAAAAGACAAUCUAACCGUGUUACGAUCAAAUCGUGCACUAGGGUCCAACCGAGUGUUGCUAUGCAUUUCACGCACAGUGUUGCUGUUCGAUCAUUCUUAUAUUCCCCCUUCCUUUACCGUCUUUGUGCAUUCUGCAUGGUGUCUUCAAUACCGCCUAGAGUGCCGCUAUUUAUUAGAACAUCACUUUCCCUUACCGUGCCUCUACACAAAUUUGCUGCAUUUAGUAUCCCAACAUCAUGCAUUCUGGUUUUAUAUAUAUUUGUCUCUUUGUUUGAGUACUUUCGAGCGUGCGGUCUUAGUGAUGUGAAUUAAGUAUAAGUGUGUGUGCGAGUGUGUUUUACGUUUAAUUUAAUGUUCGGAAACGAAGACCGCCGCUGUAAGACUAAUUCAUAAGACAGCGAAAUAGAAAGAGAAGCAAAAAGAGGAAUAAUAUAAUAUCCUGCGACAGUCGGUGCCAAAAAACCCAAAACCGAACAUCGGUAACAGUGAAUGCGGUUCAGUGAUGAAUCUGAAACAUGUCACCACCACCCAACCAUCGCCUGCGCCUAAUUAAUGCACAGCGUCAGCCUACGUUAUUGGUUACUCAGUCACGCAUCUGAAAGCAUCGUGGCCGAUGAGCUUGUGAACGGGCGCAUUGGCUUGGCCCCAUUGCUACAGCAAGCUAUAGCUAGCGGGGAUGGACUCGAGGCAUAUUCGAGCUUUGGAAUAAUUUUCGUUAGUUUUCUUUAUUAUCAUUACCCUCCGGUGGGCGCUGAGCUUUUGAAAGAGAGGGAAGCCGUGAGCUGAUGGAAUGGAGGCAGCAAACAAGCAACUGUCAGACAGUAACUGUACAUAAGUGAGAGAAUACAACAGUGGAAGGCGUUCACUUUUUUAGGUUAUCAUAUGUAAGCGCAUACCCCAUUGCAGAAGGUAUAUGCAACCGGGUCUGUUAAGCUUAACAGACCCGUCACCAGAACACCCGUCGCCAGAACGGUUGUAUACAUUUUGCAUACGGGUAAUUGUCCUUCGGGCGUAUGCCUUUUGUAUGUAGGUGUCUGUUGUAUAUAUGUGCGUGUGUGUGCCGGUAUGUGUUGAUGCAAAUGUAUUUUAUUAAAGCCAAUGGCCACCGUGCAACGGAAAGGAAGGAAAGAAUGGGCACACGAAAUCGUAUCCAAAAUGUGGUGAUGGAUAUUUGUGUAUAGGAGGUUUUUAUUGUUUUGAGGAAGGCGGGGGGGGGGGGGGGGGGGCAUGGGCCUUGCGAGAUGGCGACCUAGACCAUGUGGCGAGACGUAAAUCAACCCAAUAUGAAUAUUGAUUGAUAUACCAAUAUUACCCAAUUGAUUUACCAAUAUUCAAUAUAUAUAUAUAUAUAUAUAUAUAUAUAUAUAUAUAUAUAUAUAUAUACAUAUAUAUAUAUAUAUAUAUAUAUACACUAGAUAGAUGUAUCUAUCCACAUCAACCUACAAUUCAGAUAAAAGCAGAUAAAGUACGCAGCACUGUUAAUUCAAUCUUAAGUAGCCAAAUUGGAGGAAUAACAAAUGAUUAUUUAAGUCUUAGGCUAGAGCAGCGGCACGGGUUGACGAGAGGUAGUACGCUUAAAAUGAGAAAUUCUCUUUCCAUCCAGAACCAACACUCUGGAUCAUACCCAUGCAAUAGAAAUGUAUCGAAAUAGAAAGCACAACGGAAUGGCUCGUUGAACGAUACCGGUUGGUCAUAUGUGUGUACUGCACCUCGGAGAGUAAAAAACAAAUGAUGAUGAUGGGCUACAAAAUCGUACUACAAAUGAUAUAAACCCUUCCCUCUAGUAGCCUCAAGAUAGGUAUAUUCGUAGUAGUUAAGUAGUCGAUUUUAGGCAAACCAUGCCCAUCACCAGCCCUGCCGGAAAAGAAAAAUGAGAAAGAUAGGGAGAAAGAGAACCAGAGAGAGGGAGAAAACGAGUAACAUGGAGGGUAUAGAAAGAGAGCGAGAGAGAGAGAGAGAGAGAGAGAGAGAGAGAGAGAGAGAGAGAAAGAGAGAG